GCACCUCUUGUCGUUUUCACCAACCCAGCGAGGUCUAGUGCCCUGCACCGAUCAUCCAACAGUUGCAGCACCGGUGAGCGAUGACCAUUUGCGGCAUUUGUUAAUCCGAUCCAGCACACCGUUUCUUCCAAAGCAAGACCUUAAAGAAUUCGGUAAUGCUAUCCGCGUGAUCAGACACGACGUCGCUUUUCAGAACAUGUACUGUGCGGCGAGUUUCUCAAAGGCGCGGACAAGGAGAUAGGCAUGGAAGAUGAAUCGGUGCAAUUGACCUGGACCAGAAGAUCCAGCGAGCUGCUCCGAGCUAGGCCAAGGCGACGGGCUUGGUGGCUCUGCCUCGCGUCGUCGUUCGUUGCAGCGUCAAUGGCGGGAGUGACGCUGUCCGUGCUCCUCCUCGUCGCAGGCGUCGUGGCGAUGCUCGUGCUGCACAUCCUCAUCGUCUUCUGGGCGCUCAGGCGGGGCAUCACGCUCCGCGCCGCGGCGUCGCGGCAGGACGAGGGGCGCGCGGAGGGGCUGUCGGCCGAGGAUCUUGACGGGCUGCCGUGCCACGACCACGAGGGCAAGUCCGGCGCGGGCGGCGAGUGCGCGGUGUGCCUGGAGGCGUUCCGGGCCGGGGACCGGUGCCGGGCGCUGCCGGGGUGCGAGCACGGGUUCCACGCGCAGUGCGUGGACCGCUGGCUGAGCAAGAGCCGCGUGUGCCCCGUCUGCCGCGCCGUGGUCGUCGUCGUCGACACCAGCCGCGGCAAGGCGGCCGGCACGGUGGCCGGCGAGGCCGCCGCCUCCUCGGAGGUCGUGGCCGAAAGACAGGGGGGGCGCGGAUCGGUAGCCCGUGAGCUCGGCUGCGAGUUUGCCGUUUGAUUCGUUCGUGCUUGUACAUAUACACAUAGAUAGUAGUUUGCCAAAUCCGUGUUUACUAGUACCAUAUCGUAAUUCGGUUCAUCAAUUGUAAGUGCAAAGCAGAUUUAAUUCAUUCGAUAGUGAUUUCCAAGUUGAGAA